CGCGUGAGUGGCGCUUGGCGAGGGCUGGUACUUAACGCUGGCGUUGGCGGGGUGCGGAGCCUCUGAAGAUCCCGCUCGUCUUGGGGACCAUGGCCACCGACUCCUGGGCGUUGGCGGUGGAUGAGCAGGAAGCCGCUGUCAAGUCGAUGAGCAGUUUGCAGAUCAAAGAAGAAAAAGUCAAAGCAGACACCAAUGGUGUUAUCAAAACCAGCACCACUAUGGAGAAGACUGAUGAAGAAGAGAAAGAGGACAGAGCUGCUCAGUCUUUACUCAACAAGCUCAUCAGAAGCAAUCUUGUGGAUAAUACCAACCAAGUAGAAGUCCUGCAGAGGGACCCAAACUCCCCUCUCUACUCAGUGAAGUCUUUUGAAGAGCUUCGCCUGAAACCCCAGCUUCUCCAAGGAGUCUAUGCCAUGGGCUUCAAUCGACCAUCCAAGAUCCAGGAGAAUGCGUUACCCAUGAUGCUUGCUGAACCCCCACAGAACCUGAUCGCCCAGUCACAGUCUGGUACUGGGAAAACAGCUGCCUUUGUUUUAGCUAUGCUCAGCAGAGUGGAACCCGCAGACAGAUACCCUCAGUGUUUGUGCCUAUCCCCAACAUAUGAACUGGCACUUCAAACAGGAAAGGUGAUUGAGCAGAUGGGCAGAUUUCAUCCAGAACUGAAGCUAGCUUAUGCUGUUCGAGGCAAUAAAUUGGACAGAGGUCAGAAGGUCAGUGAGCAGAUUGUCAUUGGCACUCCCGGGACCGUCCUGGACUGGUGCUCCAAGCUGAAGUUCAUUGACCCCAAGAAGAUCAAGGUGUUUGUUCUGGAUGAGGCUGACGUGAUGAUAGCAACUCAGGGCCACCAAGACCAGAGCAUCCGCAUCCAGAGGAUGCUGCCCAGAAACUGCCAGAUGCUGCUCUUCUCUGCCACCUUUGAAGACUCAGUGUGGAAGUUUGCCCAGAAGGUGGUCCCAGACCCCAACAUCAUCAAACUUAAGCGUGAAGAGGAGACUUUGGACACCAUCAAACAGUAUUAUGUCCUUUGCAAUAACAGAGAGGAGAAGUUCCAGGCCCUGUGCAACCUGUAUGGGGCCAUCACCAUCGCCCAAGCCAUGAUCUUCUGCCAUACCCGCAAAACAGCUAGCUGGCUGGCAGCAGAGCUUUCCAAAGAGGGCCACCAGGUGGCUCUGCUGAGUGGAGAAAUGAUGGUGGAACAGAGGGCAGCUGUGAUUGAGCGCUUCCGGGAAGGCAAAGAGAAGGUCCUGGUAACCACCAACGUGUGUGCCCGUGGUAUUGAUGUUGAACAAGUGUCUGUCGUCAUCAAUUUUGACCUUCCUGUGGAUAAGGACGGGAACCCAGACAAUGAGACCUACCUGCAUCGCAUCGGGCGCACGGGCCGCUUUGGCAAGAGGGGUCUGGCAGUAAAUAUGGUUGACAGCAAGCACAGCAUGAAUAUCCUCAACAGAAUCCAGGAGCAUUUUAAUAAGAAGAUAGAAAGAUUGGACACAGAUGAUUUGGAUGAGAUUGAGAAAAUAGCCAACUGAGAAGCUUCACCAGCGACUGGCGCCACCCUCAGCACUGUCCCUGCCUGGGAGCCUCGUGCUUUCAUGGCAUAGGCCUUGACAGGCACCGCAAAGACCAAGGCCUGAGUAGAGACUACCUACCUCAUUCAGAAUUACGUUUGGACUUGACAAAUUUGUGCAAAGACUAGGGGGAAAUCCAAGAAACAAUUUAGCAUUUUAGAAAAUAGUCCUAGCCCAAUGUGGUGAUACACACCUUUAGUCCUAGCACUUGAGAGGCAGAGGCAGGAGUAUCUCUGAAUUCCAGGCCAGCCAGAUCUACAGAGUCCCAAGGUAGCCAGAGCUACAAAGUGAGACCUUGUCUCAAAAAAAAAAUGUCCUCAACUCUAUCUCCCUUUAAUAUUGCAAUAUGGUUGCUGCUGGUGACGUUUGUGCCCAGAACUUGCUGCCAACUCUGGCUGCAUGUGUUUGGAUCAACACUCCAGCCUUGAAUAAAUGACAGAGGCAAAAGUGGUUCAGAGAGGCCAGGAGAGCCCUGGCUGUAGGUGAGAUACCUUUUAUAGAACCAGUAGAGCCUUGAGUAUCCCACCCACCCAUUCCUCUUGUUGAGCAUCUUGUCUGCUGCUUUAUUAUUCAGAUUGGCAGACAAGAUAGAAUUCAGCAAAAUCAUAGACUCAGAGGAAGAUUGGCAUAUCGGCCCUUUGAAGAUGGGCACUGUCUUUCCUCCUGUUCACUUCAUGUGUUCUGUACCUGUCUGUUGUUUGGUUCUAAUCCAUGGGAUUUCAUGCCAAGCAGCAAUUUAGAAAGGAAGUUAUAACCAAACAAAAACUUCAUUAUGCCAUUAUCAGACUUAUGGGUUACUUCAUACAUUGAUUGUAUGAGUAAGAUGAGAUAAAUCAGUGAUAACAUUUUCGGAAAUUCUAAAGUGAUUAUGAGGAUUUUACUAAUCAUGGUAUGUUUUUGUAUUUUUCUGCUUACUAGACUAAUAUAUGCUCAUUUGAAGUGUG